GCAUAUCUAAUUUAACUGUAUUAUUACAAACCCUCUCUUAUUGUUGGUUGUUAUGGUGAUUCAAGAAUAUUGAUAAAUCAAAGCGCUUUGCGUCAGCGACAGAAAAUUUUUGGAUGAAGUCACACUGGUCACACUUUUCUGGGUAUAAUGGAAGAAGAGGAAGAAACCAUAGUUCCGAUAAACAACGACUUGGAACGGAAAAUAGCCGAUGCAUUUGAGGUAUUCGACCACGCUGGGAACAAGAGGAUAGAUGUUCGUGAGGUCGCUACAAUCAUCAGAGGUCUAGGAUGUUGUCCUACUGAAGCUGAAGUGCAGGAAGUCAUUGUCAAGAUCGAAGAUCAUCAAACGCCUGGGAGCGUACAUCUGUUGCAAUUUCUCCCUUACGUAUCUCAGUUUAUAACUGAGCAUAAAUACGAACCUGCGACUCCUGAACAGUUGCUAGAAGCAUUUCAAGUGCUUGAUUCUGAAGGUCAUGGCUAUUUGACCAAAGAGCACAUUUCCACAUUGAUGACACAGGAUGGAGAGCCUUUUACUCAAGACGAACUCGACGAAAUGCUCGAGAUUGCAGUUGACCCCCAUACUCAAACUAUUCCUUAUGAAUACUACAUUAAUCAGCUCAUGGUGGAAGAGUCUAAUCCAACAAUAGCGUCACAGCAAAAAACCUGUUAAAAAUGAUGAGAACUUCACACGAAAUGAAAAAUAAGCACAAGAUGUUUGCUUCCAUGGUUAGGCAAUGCUACUAGAAUGCCAGAUAUAGGGACAGCUUCAUCAUUUAUUGUCUAUAUCAAUGAUGAUUCUUUGGAAGAUGAAUUAUUAUUGAAGCUUUAACCACUUAGUCUGAAUUUUGAAGGAAAACUACCCACUUCACAUAGUGUAAAAAAUAAAGUAGUGAAAAUUUAAUGUAUACUUACUAUAUGUUCCAGUCCUUCUUGAACUGAAUGAUCUCUAGAGAAUACCAUGCUCCUUUUGGUGCCUUGAACUGCUACUGGGCUUUUCUUAGCUAUGGUUUCUGCUACUUUGAUCACGUCAUCAAUCAUUUCAUCUUUGCUCCCAAAUACUCUGGAUACCAAUCCACAGCUGAGUGCUUCAUCUGCAAGCAUUUUUCGAGCAGUGUAGCACAACUCCCUUGCUAAACUCUCAGAAUGAAUGAUUUUAGGUAGCCUCUGCAAUGUUCCU